CGUCGAUCUCUUUCACUCACUUGCUCCCUUAAUUUCUUUCUUGCUAACAUGUCUGACGAGAGCCCCAACCCAGAAGUAGCCGAGCCAAAGACUCGAACUGUGGGUGGCACCGAGUACAGCUGGUGCAAAGCCGUUCCCACCGGCACCGGCAUCACCGUCAUAGCCCUCCUCCUCUCUACACCCCCAGAUAUCUCGACCACCCAAACUUCCCUCCAAAAUCUCCAAAAUGCCCACCCUAUCAUCCGCUCCAAGCUCCACUUCCAUACCACCACUAAGAAUUUCUCCUUCCUCAUUCCUCCCACCACUCACCUCCAGAUCCGACCGUUCGAUCUCUCAUCAACGUCCCAAAUCCUCCAGAGCCUCCGAAACCCAAACGACCACCCCUCGUCCAUCACUCCCUUCCAUCUAAUCCUCGAACACGAACUGAACCAAAACAAGUGGUUUGAUUCCGACCACCCAUCGUACACAGGCGAAGACGUGCUCUUCGCGAGCGUGUACACGCUGAGCGAAGCCCAGUGGGCCCUGACGCUCAGGCUACAUACGUCAGCAUGCGACCGCACUGGGGCCAUGUCCCUACUGAGAGAGCUGCUGGGGUCUGGAAGAGAAGGGGAAGGAAUGGAGAUGGAAUUUGGGGACAAAGGGGAGGUUAAUUUGGAAAUUGAGGAGCUUAUCCCGGCGGGCAAAGCAAACAAGCCGUUCUGGGCGCGUGGAAUGGACAUGCUUGGUUACUCUUUAAAUGCAUUGAGGUUAACAAAUUUGGAUUUUAGGGACGCGAAUUCGACUAGAUUUUCUCAGAUGGUGAGGCUACAGAUGACUGCAUCUGAUACUGAGAAGCUUCUCGCAAAAUGCAAGUCAAGGGGGAUUAAACUUUGCGGAGCCUUGGCAGCGGCUGGAUUGAUUGCAGCUUAUACCUCUAAACAACACCUUCCUGAUCAGCAGACGGAGAAGUAUGCUGUGGUGACCCUCGUAGACUGCCGUUCAAUUCUUGAUCCUGCCCUUUGCAGUCACCAUUUAGGAUUCUACCAUUCUGGCAUUCUGAAUACACACGACAUGUCGGGGGAAGAAAAUAUAUGGGAUCUGGCGAAUAGAUGCUACACGUCCUUUGCAGAUGCUAAGAAAAACAACAAGCAUUUCUCAGAUAUGUCUGACCUGAACUUCCUCAUGUGCAAGGCCAUUGAGAAUCCUAGUUUGACCCCAUCAUCGUCCUUGAGAACCGCCUUAAUCUCGGUGUUUGAGGACCCCAUUAUUGAUGAUUCUAAUCAAAUGCAUCAAUUGAUUGGGCUGGAGGAUUAUGUAGUAUGCGCUUCAGUCCAUGGUGUGGGUCCCUCCAUUGCCAUAUUCGACACAAUACGAAAUGGUCGUUUGGACUGUGCAUUUGUGUAUCCAGCGCCCCUUCAUUCAAAGGAGCAGAUGCAAGAACUAAUUGAUCAUACGAGGAGGAUUCUUGUGGAUGGUUGUAAUCAAUUGGAGAGUGAGAGCUAGACGCCUGCUUUCUUUCUUGGAGCUAUAUAUUUUCUUACGAGCUUGUGAUUGUGAAAUGCCCUCUUUCUUUUGUUUGGGACGAUGAACAUACAAUCGUUGCAUUUGAUCUUGAUGCACAUCUCAUUCAUUUCCCUUUCCUUAAAAUGUUGGAAUUUGAUCA